AUGCAAUUGCUUGCGCUCCUCGUAGCACUCCCCGUGAUAGCGGCUCAAAGUGAUUACGCAGAGUCGCUCCUGAUCAAGCCGUUACCCCGAAACAAGGCCCUCGCGUCGUUUCUGUUCGAUACUCUGCUGUCGUUGUUUCCACUUACAUACACCAACAGCUCUUCCUCGGGAGACCACGCCAUUCUGUCGGUAGCAAAACACUACCUGACGUUUCCAAAAUCCAUCGAGCCCAUCGUGGCGUCGACCAAUACCCGCCAGUUGCAUUUGCGGUUCACCCAGGGAUGGUGGGAUACAGAAAGUUGGGGCAGGCUUCCCCACAACGGAUCGCACACCGGCGGCACGGGCGUAGAAUUGUCGGCCGUGAUCGAGGCCGGAAGCUUGGAGGAGGCUCGGGCCAGCUGGCUCAAGUUGGCGCUGUCGCUCUCCGGCUUUUUCUGCGCCCUGUUGAACUUCGUAGAAGACUCGUUGACCACGUUUCCAAGACAUGAUGUCUCGGAGAUGGGCGCAGAGUUUGUCACCAGCGCCAACAACAGUUUGUUUUUGAUGCGCGCAGCGCUUCCAGAAGAGCCCAUCUGCACAGAGAACUUGACUCCAUUCCUCAAACUCCUUCCCACCAGAGGCAAGGCCGGCUUGGGUUCCCUUUUGGAUGGCCACAAGCUCUACGACUCGUUGUGGCACUCCAUGAGCAUCGAUUUGAUUACUGAGUGCGACAGUGAGCGGUGCUCCUUGAAGCUCAGUCAGAACAUCGACCAUAUCAUCGACAUCACACGCCUGUUGCGCAAGCACCGCCUGGGAAACAUUCUCAAGCCGCUCUCUGGAGACCAGCUUCGCUGCGACUUGGACAAGAAGUAUGACGACUGGACCUGUUUCCCAUUGACAGAUGAGACCGUGUUCGAGUGGGAUUUCCAGAAGAUCUUCGGCAGAACUAUCAAGGGUGCAUGUUUCCAGGAUGACAACUCUUCUUCAUUGAUCCAAUUGGACCUCAACAACACCUCAUGGUCCGCAACUGUAGAGAAGUCCAAGGGCGAUUCUGUGCACAUUCACGAUGCUGGCCUGGUUGAGAGACUUGAAGGCACCUAUCAGUACAACGUGAAUCUCAGAACUUCAGACUCUCGUGUCGUCAAUGAUAUCGAAAAACCACCUAUCGAGGUGUCUAGGUCUUUGACCGGCUACUCACAAGACAAAGGUGGUAUUCGUGUAAACUUGAAAAACCCUUCGAAAGAAGAAAGUGUCAGAAUCGUGUAUUUCGAAACCUUGCCUUGGUACAUGAGAGCGUAUUUGUACACACUCAAGAAAUCUGGCGGGGGCCACAUCGAGGCUCAAUUCUAUAAGCCAGCUAUAGAUAGAAAGCGCCCAGGCCAUUUGGAGCUUGUCAUAGAGAUUCCGCCAGCAAGUGACUUCACAUUCACCUACCAAUUUGAUAAGUCUUUGUUGAGGUAUGCUGAGUAUCCUCCAGAUGCUAACCAUGGGUUCGCUAUUGCUCCCGCCAUAGUCAAGGUAUUGGACACCCAGGACUCGACCGUGUACCAGAUGAGAACUACGACUCUUUUGCUUACACUUCCUACGCCAGAUUUCUCUAUGCCAUACAACGUCAUUAUUCUCACAUGUACGGUGAUGGCCCUUGCUUUCGGCACGAUAUUCAACUUAUUGACCAAAAAAGUGGUGACUGAGGAGGAGUUUGAGGCAAUAUCCAAAGAGUCGAAGGUUGCUCAGAUCAAGGCUAGAAUCUCAUCUACGAUACUGGCCCUCAAGGGAAGAAAAUGA